UCUUGCCAUCGCCUUCUCUCUGCUGCUGCUGCUCCUGCAAGGCGUCGCCAUCACCGAAGCCUACCCCAGCGACUCCUGCACCUGAUUCUCUCUGCUUUGUUCCCCACCAACCGCAACCACUGAUACCAUGUCAGGUUAUUCGAGUGACUGAGACCGCGGCCGGGAUCAAGGGUUUGGUGCACCUCGAAUUGGAGGAAGUAGGGCAGGGCCCCUGUCUGGAAAGAAGUCUGGAAACCCUGGGGAGAAACUAGUUAAAAAGAAAUGGAAUCUUGAUGAGCUGCCCAAAUUUGAGAAGAAUUUUUAUCAAGAACACCAUGAUUUGGCUAGGCACACAGCUCAAGAGGUAGAGGCAUACAGAAGAAGCAAGGAAGUUACAGUUAGAGGUCACAACUGCCCGAAGCCAGUUCUGAAUUUUUACGACGCUAACUUUCUUGCAAAUGUCAUGGAUGUGAUCGCAAGACAGAACUUUACUGAGCCCACUGCUAUUCAAGCUCAGGGAUGGCCGAUUGCUCUAGGUGGAUUGGAUAUGGUUGGAGUAGCACAGAUUGGAUCUGGGAAAACAUUGUCUUAUUUGCUGCCUGCCAUCAUUUGCAUCAAUCACCAGCCAUUCCUAGAGAGAGGUGAUGGGCCUAUUUGCUUGGUGCUAGUACCAACUUGGGAACUGACCCAACAAAUGCAGCAAGUAGCUGCUGAAUACUGUAGAGCGCGUCGCUUGAAGUCUACUUGCAUCUAUGUUGGUGCUCCCAAGGGACCACAAAUACAUGAUUUGAAGAGAUGUGUGGAAAUUUGUAUUGCAACACCUGGAAGACUGAUUGACUUUCUAGAAUGUGGGAAAACCAAUCUGAGAAGAACAACUUACCUUGUUCUUGAUGAAGCAGAUAGAAUGCUUGAUACGGGCUUCGAACCCCAAAUAAGGAAGAUUGUGGAUCAGAUAAGACCUGAUAGCUCUUUUCCGGCUGGAACCAUGGAGGGUGUCAAAGAGAAGAAGAAAAAGGUGUCGGCUGUGCCAGAAACCCUCAAGAAAAAGCGAAGGAAUUUUGCCGAACUGAAGAUCAAGCGCUUGAGAAAGAAGUUUGCCCAAAAGAUGCUUUGAAAGGCAAGGAGGAAGCUUAUCUAUGAAAAAGCCAAACACUAUCACAAGGAAUACAGGCAAAUGUACAGAACUGAGAUUCAAAUGGCUAGAAUGGCAAGAAAAGCUGGCAACUUCUGUGUACCUGCGGAACCCAAAUUGGCAUUUGUCAUCAGGAUCAGAGGUAUCAAUGGCGUGAGCCCAAAGGUCCAAAAAGUGUUGCAACUUCUUCGCCUUUGCCAAACCUUCAGUGGCACAUUUGUUAAGCUCAACAAGGCCUCAAUUAACAUGCUGAGAAUUGUGGAACCAUAUAUUGCAUGGGGGUACCCGAACCUGAAGUCAGUAAACAAACUAAUCUAUAAGCUUGGUUACGGCAAAAUCAAUAAGAAGCAGAUUGCCUUGACAGAUAACUCUUUGAUUGCACAAUCUCUUGGUAAAUAUGGCAUCAUCUGCAUGGAAGACCUGAUUCAUGAGAUCUAUAUUGUUGGGAAAUGUUUCAAAGAAGCAAACAACUUCCUGUGGCUCUUCAAAUUAUCUUCUCCCAGAGGGGGAAUGAAGAAAAAGACCACCCAUUUUAUAGAAGGGGGAGAUGCUGGCAACAGGGAAGACCAGAUCAAUAGGCUUAUUAGAAGGAUGAACUAAGUUGUCUACUAUGAUUACUUUUAUAAUCUGGUCAGUUAAUAAACAGUGAUUGCUUUCAAAUUAA